AUGCUGCCCCGUCGCCGCCCCUACGCGGCCCCGUCGCCGCCCCUAGCGGCCCCGUCGCUGCUGACCUCCCUACGCGGCCCCGUUGCCGCCCCUACGCGGCCUCGUCGCCGCCCCUACGCGGCCCCGUCGCCGCUCCUAGCGGUCCCGUCGGCGCUCCUAGCGGUCCCGUCGCCGCUCCCCUCCCUACGCGGCCCCGUCGCCGCCCCUACGCGGCCUUGUAGGCGCCCCUACGCGGCCACGUCGCCGCCCCUAGCGGCCCCGACGCCGCUCCCCUCCCUACGCGGCCCCGCACCCGAGCCGCGGAGCCGCCCAGCAGCAGCAGGCGCCCGUGGAGCAGCCGCCACUGUAGAAGCCGCCCGUGGAGCAGCCGCCACUGCAGCAGCCGCCCCUGGAGCAGCCGCCACUGCAGCAGCCGCCCCUGGAGCAGCCGCCACUGCAGCAGCCGCCCCUAGAGCAGCCGCCACUGCAGCAGCCGCCCCUAGAGCAGCCGCCACUGCAGCAGCCGCCCCUGGAGCAGCCGCCACUGCAGCAGCCGCCCCUGGAGCAGCCGCCACUGCAGCAGCCGCCCCUGGAGCAGCCGCCACUGCAGCAGCCGCCCCUAGAGCAGCCGCCACUGCAGCAGCCGCCCCUGGAGCAGCCGCCACUGCAGCAGCCGCCCCUGGAGCAGCCGCCACUGCAGCAGCCGCCCGUGGAGCAGCCGCCACUGCAGCACCCGCCCCUGGAGCAGCCGCCACUUCAGCAGCCUUCCCUGGAGCAGCCGCCACUGCAGCAGCCGCCCCUGGAACAGCCGCCACUGCAGGAGCCGCCCCUGGAGCACCCGCCACUGCAGCAGCCGCCCCUCGAGCACCCGCCACUGCAGCAGCCGCCCCUGGAGCAGCCGCCACUGCAGCAGCCGCCCCUGGAGCACCCGCCACUAUAGCAGCCGCCCCUGGAGCAGCCGCCACUGCAGCAGCCGCCCCUGGAGCAGCCGCCACUGCAGCAGCCGCCCCUGGAGCAGCCGCCACUGGAGCAGCCGCCCUUGGAGCAGCCGCCACUGCAGCAGCCGCCCCUAGAGCAGCCGCCACUGCAGCAGCCGCCCCUGGAGCAGCCGCCACUGCAGCAGCCGCCCCUGGAGCAGCCGCCACUGCAGCAGCCGCCCCUGGAGCAGCCGCCACUGCAGCAGCCGCCCCUGGAGCAGCCGCCACUGCAGCAGCCGCCCCUGGAGCAGCCGCCACUGCAGCAGCCGCCACUGCAGCAGCCGCCCCUGGAGCAGCCGCCACUGCAGCAGCCGCCCCUGGAGCAGCCGCCACUACAGCAGCCGCCCCUGGAGCAGCCGCCACUGCAGCAACCGCCCCUGGAGCAGCCGCCACUGCAGCAGCCGCCCCUGGAGCAGCCGCCACUGCAGCAGCCGCCCCUGGAGCAGCCGCCACUGCAGCAGCCGCCCCUGGAGCAGCCGCCACUGCAGCAGCCGCCCCUGGAGCAGCCGCCACUACAGCAUCCGCCCCUGGAGCAGCCGCCACUGCAGCAUCCGCCCCUGGAGCAGCCGCCACUACAGCAGCCGCCCCUGGAGCAGCCACCCCUGCAGCUGCCGUGGAGCUCUCGCUCUAUAGUGGUAGCGGCAUCGCCGUUGCCGCCGUCGUACACCUGCCCUUCUUGCAACUGGUGAGCACUGCCCUGCCUAUACUGCUGUUACUGCUGCUCUUACUACUGCUGCUCUUUCUACUACUACUGGUGCUCCUGGCGUGGCCAGAUGCAGCUCCAGGGUCGCCCGCGUGA